CGCGCCUCCCUCCUGCCCUCGGCUCUCCGUACCCCUGCCCGCUUUCGGCAGUUCGGCUGCCAGUUGAUGAGCCCAUGAUCACUGGGAACAGUCCUCGGGGCUGCCAUCUUCCCUCCAUCUCAAAGGCGACCUGUGGCAGAGAGCUGGAGCCGGUUCCGGAGAAAGGAGACUCUGGCGUGACCAAGAUGGAGAGGAGAUACAGUGCUAAACACAAUGAUUUUCUGGAAUCGAAGGGAUGCUUUGCUCAUACACCUUCUGGCAGAAGAGUCAGUCCCUCAUCUUCUGUUGAAACAGAUCUGGAUAUCCGUGAGCCUUCAGGCCUCCCCGGAAUGUCUCCUCAAAUGGACACUACUACGGAUUUGGAUCAGAAGUCCUCCUCCUCACAUUCUGAUCAUACCUCUGAAAUCUUAUUGCCUGAUGUCCAAAAGGAAAAAUACCCUGAAGAAUUCAGCCUGCUUAAGAUGCAGACAAAAGAUGGACAGCGCCCUGAGUGGACGUUUUACCCAAGGUUCAGCAGCAAUAUCCACACCUACCACGUUGGAAAGCAGUGCUUCUUUAAUGGGGUAUUCCUGGGGAACCGGAGGUCUCUGUCAGAGAGGACGGUGGACAAGUGCUUUGGGAGAAAGAAAUAUGAUAUUGAUCCCAGGAAUGGAAUCCCAAAUUUAACUCCAGGGGAUAAUCCAUAUAUGUACCCAGAACAGAGUAAAGGCUUCUAUAAAGCAGGAUCAACUCUCCCGCCAGUAAAUUUUUCACUAGUGCCUUUUGAGAAGAAAUUUGAUACGUUUAUUCCACUUGAGCCUCUUUCACAAAUUCCCAAGUGA